GUCCCAAUUAAUGGAUUCUGACAUGGAUUAUGAAAGGCCAAACGUAGAAACCAUCAAGUGUGUUGUGGUUGGGGACAACGCAGUGGGCAAGACUCGGCUCAUUUGUGCCCGUGCAUGUAAUGCCACCUUGACUCAGUAUCAACUCCUUGCUACCCAUGUGCCCACCGUUUGGGCCAUUGAUCAGUACCGAGUUUGCCAAGAGGUACUGGAACGUUCCCGAGAUGUUGUAGACGAUGUUAGCGUUUCCUUAAGGCUUUGGGAUACCUUCGGGGACCAUCACAAAGACAGGCGCUUUGCUUAUGGAAGGUCUGAUGUCGUAGUAUUAUGUUUCUCCAUUGCUAAUCCGAACUCCCUCCACCAUGUGAAGACCAUGUGGUACCCUGAGAUUAAGCACUUCUGUCCCAGGGCACCUGUCAUCUUGGUAGGCUGCCAGCUCGACCUUCGCUAUGCUGAUCUAGAAGCAGUGAACCGAGCCAGGAGACCUUUAGCCAGGCCAAUUAAACCAAAUGAAAUUCUGCCCCCGGAGAAGGGACGAGAGGUUGCCAAAGAGCUGGGCAUCCCUUACUAUGAGACCAGUGUAGUAGCCCAAUUUGGCAUCAAGGAUGUCUUCGACAAUGCCAUCCGAGCUGCCCUCAUCUCCCGGCGGCAUCUCCAGUUCUGGAAAUCCCACCUCCGUAACGUCCAAAGGCCCUUGCUCCAGGCCCCCUUCUUGCCCCCCAAGCCUCCUCCCCCCAUUAUCGUCGUCCCCGACCCUCCUUCCAACAAUGAAGAGCGCCCGGCCCAUCUGCUGGAAGAUCCUUUGUGUGCGGAUGUUAUCCUGGUGCUGCAAGAGAGAAUCAAAAUCUACGCGCACAAGAUCUACCUCUCCACCGCCUCCUCCAAGUUCUAUGACCUGUUCCUGAUGGACCUGGACGAGGAGGGCCAUGAGGGGAUGGCGGGAAGCAGCAUCAGGAUGGGUGCGGCUCCUCAGGAGCGGCAUCAUCACGGGCGGGAAUUCCUCUUGAGGGCCGCUAGUUUCGACAUCUGUGAGAGUACCGAAGAAGCUGGCUCCGGCCAGCAAAAACCGUGCCUUAGAGCCUCCACCAGCGAUGGGAUUUUGCGGGGCAAGAACUACGGGGAACGAGGGCUAAAGCGGGGCAGAAUCCUCUCUUCGUGGAGCCGUGCCUUUGUCAGCAUCCAGGAGGAGAUGGCGGAGGACCCCAUGACCUACAAACCCCGGCUAAUGGUGGUGGUGAAGAUGGAUCCCUCCAUCCAGCUGGGACCCUUCAGGGCCGUGCUCAAAUAUCUCUACACGGGGGAGCUAGAUGAGAAUGAGAGGGAUCUCAUGCACAUCGCCCACAUUGCCGAACUGCUCGAAGUCUUCGACCUCAGGAUGAUGGUGGCGAACAUCCUCAACAACGAGGCGUUCAUGAACCAGGAGAUCACCAAAGCCUUCCACGUCAGGAGAACCAACCGGGUGAAAGAAUGUCUGGCCAAGGGGACUUUCUCUGAUGUCACGUUUAUACUGGAUGAUGGUGCUAUCAGUGCCCACAAGCCCUUGCUGAUCUCCAGUUGUGACUGGAUGGCUGCCAUGUUUGGGGGUCCUUUUGUUGAGAGCUCAACUCAGGAGGUAGUGCUACCAUACACCAGUAAGAGUUGCAUGCGAGCAGUGCUUGAAUACCUGUAUACUGGCCAGUUUUAUUCUUCUUCAGACCUUGAUUACAUGAAGCUCAUCAUCUUGGCCAACCGCUUGUGUCUGCCACACCUGGUUGCACUCACAGAACAGUUCACCGUGUCUGGUUUGAUGGAAGCAACGCAGAUGUUAGUGGAUAUCGAUGGCGAUGUCCUUUUGUUCCUGGAGCUGGCUCAGUUCCAUGGUGCCUACCAGCUUGCCGAUUGGUGCCUCCACCAUAUCUGCACCAACUACAACAAUAUCUGUCGCAAGUUUCCUCGGGAAAUGAAAGCAAUGUCAGCAGAAAACCAGGAUUACUUUGAGAAGCAUCGAUGGCCCCCUGUUUGGUACCUGAAGGAAGAAGAUCACUUCCAGAGGGCCAGGAAAGAGCGCGAGAAGGAAGACUACCUCCAUCAGAAGCGGCAGCCGAAGAGACGGUGGCUCUUCUGGAACGCCUCUUCCCCUUCCUCCUCGGCAGCCACAGCUUCCUCCUCCUCUUCUUCCUCCUCCUCUUCCUCUGCUGUGGUUUGAGGGCUGCACUGCCUACGCUUCAAUGGCUCUUAGAAGACGGAGGGAGCCUACUGGUGCCUGGCAUU